AUGAAGAUCCUUUUACCACUGACCUUUCUGGUUUUUAUUAGUUCUCCAGGUUGGACAAUAGAGAGGCACUACUACAUAGGCAUUAGAGAAGCUACUUGGAAUUAUGCUCCUACUGGUAAAUAUAUGCUCAAUGUAACGCCUAUGUCAGAAGAUCAAGAGUUUCAGUCCCAAACAUAUCUAAAACAAAGCCAAUAUAGGAUAGGACCUGCUUAUAAAAAGGCUUUGUAUUUUGAGUACACAGAUGAUAUAUUUCAAAUGGUCAUUGAAAAACCAUCCUGGUUGGGAUUUUUAGGUCCAAUCAUGAAAGAAGAGACUGGAGACCUCAUUUGUGUACAUGUGAAAAAUUUUGCUUCAAGAAACUAUAGUUUCCAUCCUCAUGGAAUCACCUGCACUAAAGAAAACGAAGGUGCUCUCUAUCCUGAUAACACCACAGGCCCACAAAAGGAAGAUGAUCGGCUAGAGCCAGGGGCAAAGUAUACUUACCGGUGGUUUGUAGAAGAAACUCAGGGGCCUUGUUCCAAUGACAGUAACUGCAUGAUGAUGUACCACUCCCAUGUAGAAACUCUCAAAGAUGUGGCUUCAGGACUUCUUGGACCAAUUCUGACUUGUAAAAGGGGAACCCUGGAUACAGACAUGGAAAAAAAUAUCCACGAGUCUUACGUUCUGAUGUUUUCUAUAACUGAUGAAAACCGUAGCUGGUAUAUCAUUGACAAUAUUAAUAUAUCUACUGAAUCUGGCCAAGUUAAUGCUAGAGAUUCUGGCUUCUGGGAGAGCAAUCUCAUGUGCUCAAUAAAUGGAUACAUGUAUGGAAAUCUGCCCAAUCUCACCAUGUGUGCAUAGGACAGGGUCAAGUGGUAUUUUAUUGGCAUGGGAGGUGUGUUGGACACCAUCUUUACCCACGGACAAACUCUGAUCUCUCGGAAUCACCAAAAAGACACCGUUACUGUCUUCCCUGCCUCAAUGCAAGAUGCCUUCUUGGUGGCCAAGGGUGCUGGAGAGUGGAUGAUGGGCUGUCAGAUACAUGAAGGUAUGCAGACCUUCUUCAAUGUAAGGAGUUGCCAAAACCCUUUGACAGAUGUUAUUGGGACACAAGUUUUACAUUAUUAUAUUGCUGCUGAAGAAAUUUUUUGGAACUAUGCUCCAUCUGGUAUAGAUUUCUUCAUUGGAAAUAAUUUAACAGCAGCUGGAAGUGAAUCCCGGCUCUAUUUUGAACAAGGCCCAAACAGAACUGGAGGAAUUUACAAAAAACUAGUUUACUUUGAAUACACAGAUGCUUCCUUCCAAACACAGAAGGCAAAUGCAAAUCACCUCGGAUUCCUUGGUAAAAUUAUUUCAUACCUUAUGAAAACAAUACAUGCCUAUUCACCUGAUUUUAAACUGCAUUUUUUUGUCCCUGCAGAAACCCCUUCACCCUCCUCAUAUGUAAAUCCUAGCACAACCUAUGUCUAUACAUGGCAAGUUCCAACAGAUGUGGGUCCCAUCUCCACGGACCCCAACUGCCUGACCUGGUUAUACUACUCCUCAGUAAAUUUUAAAAAAGACAUCAACAGUGGCCUUGCAGGGCCUCUCCUCAUGUGCAGAAAUGGAAGUCUUGGAGAGGAUGGCAAACAGAAAGGAAUAGACAAAGAAUUUUACCUGCUUGCCACAAUAUUUGAUGAAAAUCAAAGUUAUCGCUUAGAUUAAAAUAUCAGGAUAUUUAUCACAGAGCCUGAAAAUGUGGAUCCAGAGGAUCCCGACUUCCAAGACUCCAAAUGUCUUGCAACCAUAAAUGGAAACAUGUAUGGAAAUCUGCCUGGACUGGAUAUGUGCUUAGGAGACAACGUUUCAUGGCAUAUUCUUAGUGUGGGAUACAGUAAAGACUUACAUGGGAUAUAUUUUUCAGGAAAUAGUUUCACUUCCUUAGGAGCAAGGGAUGACACCAUAGCUCUGUUUCCCCACACCUCCCAAUUUAUGAUACCCGAUUCCACAGGUCCCAUAAUAUUUCUUAGCCCUGGUGAGAAACUCUAUACUGUCUUUAAAAAUAGUGCCUCAAGGCCGUAUUCUAUUCAUGCUCAUGGGGUGAAAACAAACUAUUCCACUGUUGUUUUAACACAGCCAGGAGAGAGCCGAACAUACAUUUGGCAGAUUCCUGAAAGAGCUGGUCCUACCUCAAAGGACUUUGAGUGCAUACCUUGGUUUUACUAUUCAACUGUGGAUGUGGUUAGGGAUCUUAAUAGCGGACUGGUAGGUCCUUUGAUCGUAUGUCGAAAAGACACCAAAGCCAGCAUAGUUUACCGUGUUCUCCACUUCAUGAUUUUUAAUGAGAAUGAAUCCUGGUACUUUGAAGAAAACAUCAAUACGUAUUCUCAAGAAUCAAACCAAGUAGACAGGAGUGAUGCUACUCUUGACCUCAGCAACCAAAUGCAUGCAAUUAAUGGAAGAAUGUUCGGAAAUAACCAAGGCCUGACAUUUCAUGUUAGGGAUGAAGUGAAUUGGUAUCUGAUUGACAUGGGGGGUGAGUUUGACCUGCACACAGUUCCCUUUCAUGGUCACAGCUUUCAAUACACGGAUUAGGGAGAGUAUCACUCUGAUGUUUGUGAUCUUCCUCCUGGGAUCUAUCAAACUGUAAAAAUGUAUCCAAGAGAUGUUGAAAUCUGGUUAUUUCAUUGUCAUAUCAAGGUUCACAUUGGGGCUGGAAUGGAAAGUACUUACACUGUAAUCGAGUGA